CUAAUAUUCCUCUGCACAUUGAUUUCCAUACGGAAAAUCCAUGUUCCCUUGAGUUAGAGAGAGUUAGAGCUUCGAAUCUAGAGUUCAGAUUUUCAUAGCCAUAAACACCCACAAAAUCCAAGUUCAGAUUUUUUAAAACCCUCCAAGGUUCAACCAUGAAAAACAAUCCAAAGGUUGAAGACAACUUUCCAUGGGAUCAAAGCUCGAGAAACCAUUUCACUGUUUCCUGGACUUUCCCCAAGCUUGUCCUUUCUUCCCUCCUUUUGAUUUCCGUUCUCUGCGUAUUCUACACAGUAAGUUUCUCGGAUGCUCCGAACAAAGAACCGAACAUCAUCAAAGCUGUUCAUGUUAAUGGCGGAGAGAAAUCCUUAUCCAUAGCUCCACCGCCCGUUUCAUCUCCCAAACCGAACUCCUCAGAGGAAACAACCCUUCACCAUAUAGUUUUCGGCAUUGCAGCCUCGGCUCGGUUAUGGGAUCAAAGGAAGAAUUACAUCAAACUGUGGUGGAAGCCUCAGCAAAUGCGUGGCGUCGUCUGGUUAGACAAGGGUGUUAAAAGCGGAACCGAUGACCACCUUUUACCGCCGAGAAUGGUCUCCGGCGAUACUUCCAGGUUCAAAUACAAUAAUCCGAAAGGCGACCGGUCUGCUAUAAGGAUAUCCCGUAUAGUAUCGGAGACACUACGGCUGGGCUUGGAAGACGUGAGAUGGUUUGUUAUGGGAGACGAUGACACGUUCUUUGUGCCCGAUAAUUUGGUUCGGGUUUUGUCUAAAUACGACCAUAAUCAGUUUUAUUACAUCGGGAGUUCGUCGGAGAGUCAUUUGCAGAACAUUAAUUUCUCCUACGGGAUGGCUUACGGCGGCGGAGGGUUCGCCAUCAGCUACCCCCUAGCUAAAGCACUAGAGAAGAUGCAAGAUCGGUGUAUACAGAGAUACCCGGGAUUAUACGGCUCCGAUGAUCGGAUUCACGCCUGCAUGGCGGAGCUCGGUGUGCCCCUCACCAAGGAACCGGGAUUUCACCAGUACGACGUGUUUGGUAACCUGUUGGGUCUGUUGGCUGCGCACCCCGUUGCUCCACUGGUCUCCAUUCACCACCUAGACAAGGUCGAACCCAUAUUCCCCGAUGUGAACCGGGUUCAAGCCCUGAAACGCCUGCACCUCCCAAUAAACCUGGACUCGGCUGCAUUGAUGCAGCAAUCGGUUUGCUACGACAAAACCAGGAGUUGGACCGCCUCCGUCUCAUGGGGCUACACGGUUCAAUUAUACAGAGGCAUAUUCUCAGUGAGAGAGAUGGAAAUGCCGGCCCGAACUUUCCUGAAUUGGCACAAGAGAGCCGAUUACACCGGCUUCUCUUUCAAUACCCGACCCGUUAACCGUCAUGCCUGCCAAAAACCGUUCGUGUAUUACUUGUCUAAAGCAUCAUGGGACAAGAAGACAAACCAGAGCACCUGCGAGCAUGUUCAGCACCGAGUUUCCAACCCUGACUGCAAGUGGAACAUGCCGGAUCCUUCACGGAUUGAUAGAGUCGUGGUUUACAAAAAACCCGACGCGAACUUAUGGGACAAGCCCCCACGAAGGAAUUGUUGCAGGGUGUUGCCAAUGAACAAGAAAAGCGCCAUGGUUAUUGACGUGGGAGUGUGUGGAGAUGAUGAAGUCAUUGAAUUGAGAUGAGACAUUUUCCAUUUUUCCAUCAAAACAAAUAACAAAAAUUGUAAUAGAAAACCUACGACACCAUUCACACCACAAUUGCAACCGAAAAUCUAUGACCCACGUUUUCCUCACAGAAUC